AUGGCUACGCCAGUAAAUGUCGAAGAACGCCACACAGAUGAUCUUGUACAAUUAAACAGUACUUUGAGUACUACUGCUCAUGCGGUAUGUUCGUGGGAGCCGAAGUUUAAAGGAUCUACAAGCAAGUAUGUUGGUUAUGUCGAGUCAGUUGAAGCAGCCAUGGCUGUGAUAAAGCAAUAUGAGAUAGAAACCACGACAAAGUUUUCCUGUUUUAAAUCUGACAAGAUGUUUGGGGCUGGAGGUGAGUCUAUUAUGCAUGCAAACAUGGGAAAAAUAUACAUUUAGAUUGGGGGGCAUACGCGAACGAACAGGAGGGGGGGGGGAGGCGGCAGCCCCCAGUCGUAAUUUUUUUUCGGACAAAAUUACCCUGCGAACAGAGUCUCUUCGAUCUUCUUACCCGACUGAUCUAGGAAGAUCGACUCUGCUCGCUGGGUAGGACAAAAUGCCCAUGAUUCCAGCAAAAGCACAUGGAGAAAACAAACAAAAAAUCCCAUUAAUUAAUAAAAUGGGUUUCAAGAAUUCAUAUUUGGAUUCUGGAAUUGUGACACUAGUUUCGUGAGACACGAUAAUUUUAAACAGUUAGUUUUUUUUUUUAAAAUUUAGGUCAAGGUCACCACCUUCCCAAGUCCGAAAGGUGCGCCCAUACACCUAUGGGUGUGUGUGUGUGUGUAGGGGGGGGGGGAGGUUACUCCCAUAGUGGACUAUGAAUGUUGAGAGGCUGUGCAUGAAAGGGUUACCUUUUUCAGGUCAAAAGUAGUAGAUGAAAAGAUAAGGGUUUGGACCACUGGACAGAUCCCCCCCUAUAUAAAAAAUUAUUGAGUAGAACCCCCCCUCCCUCUCACUGGGAUGUCCAGUAAUAUCUGUCUAAAAAUUACAACUAAGGUUAGCUGAUGUUUGUAUUGUCAUAUAGGCUUAUUGACUUUAUUAAGAACAAAUUUCACCUAAUCUGAAAAAAAAUGUGUGGGUUCUUGCUGGAUUCAACUGUAGCUUACGUGCUUGGGUUAAGCAGGUGAGGGCUAUGGAUGAAUAUUAGAUAAAGGUGAAGCAGGUAAAAAAAAGAAACAAAUUGUGUCAUUUAAUCUUUGAAAUAAAGAACAGAAAUGCUUGAUAAAAUGACCAGUGCAUUAAAUAAAAUACAAACAAAAAUUCCUUCUUUGGAUGUUGUCACAGAUCCCUUUGCCAAGCCAAGAAAAGUUUAUUUUAAAGAUGACAAAAUCCCAUUUGAUGGAGUGCCCUUCAGUAUCAUUGGCUCAAAGGUGUUUGACUGCCAACAUGGUCCAGACAGAAAAAAGGCAUUCAAAGCAAGACAAGCCAAUGAGAAGGUAUGCUUUUGACAAAUUAAAAUUCCAAAAAAAAUCUAUUUCUUCCCCAUCUAAGUAACCUUUUGUUUUUGUUUGUUUCUUUUCUUACAUUAUAAUUAUUAUUUCUUCUUAACUACAGGCUGGCGAUCACUCCUUCAAAAAGAAGAGAUUUUUACCUCAAGACACCAUGAAAUUCGGGUGCACUGCAAGUAUUCGUCUAUCAGAAGUUAUUACAUAUCCAAGUUACAAGGUACUUCAGUCUGUAAACAAUGAGAUGAUGAUGAUGAUGAUGAAGAUGAUGAUGAUGAUGAUGAUUAUUAUUAUUAUUACUAUAACUAUUGCUGUGUGCUAUUGAUAGCGAUGUUUUCAACAUAUUUUUAAGUAUAGUAACCUCAAUACUCAUAAUUUAUUAUUAGUCUGUACUAAAUUACAAGUAAAAGUUUUGUUAACAAUAACUCUUUACAAGUAGAUCAGGGAUGACACAGAGAGACUUCGAUGGGACAUGUCCAAAAAGCUAAAGACUGAUACCAACAGUGGACAAAAACCUCCAUAUGAACGUAGAAUCUAUAUCUACCUACCAAAGGAGGAUGAACACAAAGACCAUAUCACUGGCGAGGUUUGUUAA